AUGGCUAAAAAAAGCUCAGUGUUGCAGGCUUCGUCCAAAGCAAUUGACCCCACCCUCGACGCCUUGUUUGCCAGCAGUUCCGGUCCUGUGCAAGCUCCCUCAGCAUCUCGCUACUCUGCGUUGCUGGAAAAGAAGCCUCGCGAGACCCUCAAGUCAGCAACCGAGACCGAAAACAACGAAGAUGAAGAUGCGGCAGAGGAUGUUGAGGAGCUCUCAGAGAUUAGCGAAGAACUAGAAUACGACGAGGAUAAGGAUAGUGAAGACGAUUCCUCAAGUAAUGAGGACAGUGAUGACGAUGCGGGAGAGGACGGAAAUAGUGAAGAAGAUCUGGUAGAAAAAGGGGAGGAUAUUUCCAUGGCGGAAGGUGAAGACCAGGUUUCGGAGGCAGGUAAAGAUGGGAACCAACCCAGACGUGAGAGAAAACGGAAGAGAAAGGACGACAACGAAGACCUGGAAGCAAAGUACAUGGCCGAGUUGACAAAGGAUGACGAAGAGGAACCCUCGGGCAAGCGACAAAAAGCAGAGGGGAAGGACGAUGAGGACGAAGAAAAUGUGGUUCCAGUUCACGAAAGCUUGGCAAAGAAAUCUACAGACUCGGAUAUCGAAAAGGCGUCACGAACAGUCUUCCUGGCCAAUGUCUCAACAGAAGCCAUCUCCUCUAAAGCUGCCAAAAAGACCCUUCUCACCCAUCUCUCCUCCGUCCUGGAUCCGCACGGCAUGCCUGUCCAAAAACUCGAAUCCAUCCGCUUCCGAUCCGUCGCCUUCUCUACGGGCUCCAUGCCCAAAAGAGCUGCCUACAUCACAAAGUCUCUCAUGGGAGCCACGACCAAAUCUACCAACGCCUACGCUGUCUUCUCUACCCCAGCUGCCGCCAGACUCGUCGCCUCCAAGCUCAACGGCACCGAAGUUCUAGGCCGUCACAUUCGUGUAGACAGCGUUGCGCACCCCAGUCCCACAGACCACCGUCGGUGCAUAUUUGUCGGCAACUUGGGCUUCGUUGACGACGAAACCGUCGUCAACACCACCAAGGAGGGCGAAAAUGUUGAAAAGAAGCGUACCAAGGUUCCCUCCGAUAUCGAAGAAGGGCUCUGGCGAACAUUCAGCAAGACAGGCAAAGUUGAGAAUGUCCGUGUCGUUCGCGAUCCCACGACCAGAGUCGGCAAAGGCUUCGCAUACGUCCAAUUCUACUUGACCCAGGCAUUACAGGACGCCAAUGAUGUCGAAGCGGCUCUCCUUUCCGACGGCAAAAAAUUCCCUCCCAUGCUCCCCCGCGAACUUCGCGUAACCAGAGCCAAGGACCCUCGCAAGACCGCCCGCACACAGGAGCGAGCUCUGGCGAAGGCGGUCGCGGCCGACAGCAAGUCCCGCAACACAAAGUACUCGCCGAAACUCACUCCCGAACAACAAGCUGCCGCCGGACGAGCAAACAGGCUCCUCGGCCGUGCAGGAGGCUUCAUGCACCGCAAGAAAUCAGGCAGCGACGGUGUCAACACCAUGCCGAAUCAAAAGGUUGUGUUCGAGGGCAAUCGCGCAUCGUCCAAAGAUGGAAAACCGAAGGAUUUGAAGUUUGGUAAGAAGAAGGGCAAGGGGAGGCCUCAGAAUAGGGCGACCAAGAGAGCAGCCGAGUGGAGGAAGAAGUCUUCAUAG